GAAGAAGAAGAAGAAGACGCUCUUGCUACGCAGUGCGGGGAAGCGGAUCAGAUGUCGGCAGGAAAAUACUGUCGUUAUUUCAGACUGAAUGCUCAAUUUAUGCUUAUCUCAAGUGAUGUCGGAAACUUAAGAACAAAGAAUGGGAAGGAGUAUACGCGUUGCUUCGUAUGCUGAAAGCCUGGUGUCUUCCAUUGAGCUCAGACUUUUGCUUUUCAGCGCUAUAUUUAGCAGGGACUAGCUCCGUUAAAGUCAGCUAGCAGGUCAGGCUAGCAUCGCAGGGAGGCUAACUUGCUAGCGACAUCGCAGCUUGUUGUGGCCCACAACACAUCUUUUGGCCUCCACCCUUCGCAUGCACAGAAAGUGAAAAUGGUGUACCUGUUAAAUCCUAUAGAGAACCUAAGAGGUUACAUCAACAACCGUCCACCUCUGGUCAUUUUUAUGAUCAGCGUCAGUGCAGUGGCCAUUGCCUUCCUCACCAUCGGAUAUUUCUUUAAGAUUAAGGAGAUCAAGUCUCCGGCGUUGACAGAAGACUGGAACACCUUUCUGCUACGCUACAACGAGCUGGACUUUUGUGUGUCGGAGAACGAGACGAUAAAACACGGUCUGAAUGAGUCCACCACUCCAGAGAGCACAGUGGUGACCAGUGGUCAGGCUCGCUCCAGUACCCAGCCUCCUCUCCUGCUGGAGGACUCGGGUCCCAUUAACAUCUCAGUGUCCAUCACCCUCACGUUGGACCCUCAGCGCCCGUUUGGAGGGUACUCGCGCAAUAUCACACACCUGUACGCCACAGUGCUGGGGCAGCAAGUCGGCCUAUCGGGUCGGGAAGCCCAUGAAGAAAUAAACAUCACGUUCACUCUGCCCGUGUCCUGGAACUCGGACGACUGCGUCCUGCACGGCCACUGUGAGCAGGUGGUGUUCAGCACUUGCAUGACCAUCACAGCAACCAGCAAUAUCUUCCCAGUCACAGUGCAGCCGCCUCACUGCGUUCCAGAGACGUACACCAAUGCCACAUCUUGGUUCAAGCUGUUCACGAUGGUGCGGGACUCUGAAACCAAGUACAGCCAGGACUACAACCCCUUCUGGUGUUACAAGGGAGCAAUCGGGAAGGUGUACCAUACACUGAACCCAAAACUGACGGUCAUUGUUCCAGAUGACGACCGAUCCCUCAUCAACCUUCACCUGAUGCACACUAGCUACUUCCUGUUUGUCAUGGUCAUCACUAUGUUCUGCUAUGCAGUCAUAAAAGGGCGGCCUGGCAAAGUGCGCCAAACCAACCCCGACUUUUGUCCUGAGAAGGUACAACAGACACCAGCAGUGCUUUAUGACAUCAACAGGUGGCGUUGUCAGAGGGUUAAGAAGACAUCAGAGAGCUCCGCCAGAGGUUACCUGUAACAAGGACUCAGAGAAGCAGAGGAAAUGAAAACUCCACAUCCCAGUUGCCUAGUAAACCCUGGAUAUACAAUAAGGGACACAAAAGUUCUGUGAAUGCAUUACUCUCGCAAUGUUGGGGUUUCUCCAACCAAAGAUUUACAAGUGCCUGUUUCUGUGGUGUAAAUAUACAGUCAGGUCCAUAAAUAUUGGGACAUCGACACAGUGCUAACAUUUUUGGCUCUAUACACCACCACAAUGGAUGUCAAAUGAAACGAACAAGAUGUUCUUUAACUGCAGACUGUCAGCUUUUAUUUGAGGUAUUUACAUCCAGAUCAGGUGAACGGUGUAGGAAUUACAACAGUUAGCAUAUGUGCCUCCCACUUGUUAAGGGACCAAAAGUAAUGGGACAGAAUAAGAACCAUAAAUCAAAUGUAUACAUUUCAAUACUUGGCUGCAAAUCCUUUGCAGUCCAUUACAGCCUGAAGUCUGGAACACAUGGACAUCACCAGACGUUGGGUUUCAUCCCUGGUGAUGCUCUGCCAGGCCUCUACUGCAACAGUCUUCAGUUCCUGCUUGUUCCUGGGGCAUUUUCCCUUCAGUUUUGUCUUCAGCAAGUGAAAUGCAUGCUCAAUCAGAUUCAGGUCAGGUGAUUGACUUGGCCAUUGCAAAACAGUCCACUUCUUUCCCUUCAGAAACUCUUUGGUUGCUUUUGCAGUAUGCUUUGGGUCAUUGUCCAUCUGCACCGUGAAGCGCCAUCCAAUGAGUUCUGAGGCAUUUGGCUGAAUAUGAGCAGAUGAUAUUGCCCGAAACACUUCAGAAUUCAUCGUGCUGCUUUUGUCAACAGUCAAAUCAUCAAUAAAUACAAGAGAACCAGUUCCACUGGCAGCCAUACAUGCUCAUGCCAUGACACUUCCACCACCGUGCUUCACUGAUGAGGUGGUAUGCUUAGGAUCAUGAGCAGUUCCUUUCCGUCUCCAUACUCUUCUUUUCCCAUCACUCUGGUACAAGUUGAUCUUGGUCUUAUCGGUCCGUAGGAUGUUGUUCCAGAACUGUGAAGGCUUUUUUAGAUGUUGUUUGGCAAACUUUAGUCUGGCCUUCCUGUUUUUGGGGCUCCCAAUGGUUUUCAUCUUGUGGUGAACCCUCUGUAUUCACACUGGUGGAGUCUUCUCUUGAUUGUUGACUUUGACACAGAUACACCUACCACCUGGAGAGUGUUCUUACCCCAAAAUUCCACCAUCUCCGCCCCCGCUUUCCGCCGCUGCUCACUUCCGAACUCAAAUUAUACUGGUACCCGCUUUACAACGGCUCCGCUCCGGUGCGGAGACCUGAGGUGCGCAAACAGGCAUGCGCGGGAUUUUCGAGAUCUUGCGAUACAGUCCGAGCAAUAAACGCAGAAGGUAGAUCCAAACACCCGUUGUGUGGGAGAAGCAUCGAAAUGAACUGUUUAAUCUGCCCAUCAUUUGUGUUGAGAGAUCAGCAGUGUCUGAAUCAACAAAGGGCGACUACCUUGAUAGUGGAAACUGUAUUUAUGGCUUAUUUUUGUGCAUUUAAAGUUCAACCACCAUUGAUAGUUGUUAAAAGUUGUUAAACCUGUGCAUAUGAAACAAAAUACGCUUUUUGUUUAUAGAUUUAUUGUGAAAUAACGGAAGUUGUGCUUGCUCCUUUUCCUGUUGGGCGGUUGUGAUUUCUGUCCAUUGACUGCGGAGGUGCUUCGGCGUCCGGCUAAAAUAGAAUCAUAGAAUCGAUCCUAUUUUUGCCGGAGGGCGGCGCACUGCGCCGCACGGCUGCAGUAGUGGAACAGCUCUGAUUGACUACAACGGGACCGUUUUUGCUGCGGAGUUCGUGCCGGAGCGCAGCGGAGUUAGUAGAAUUUUGGGGUUAAUCUGGCCAACUGUUGUGAAGGGUGUUUUCUUCACCAGGGAAAGGAUUCUUCGGUCAUCCACCACAGUUGUUUUCCGUGGUCUUCCGGGUCUCUGGUGUUGCUGAGCUCUCCGGUGUGUUCCUUCUUUUUGAGAAUGUUCCAAACUGUUGUUUUGGCCACGCCUAAUGUUUUUGCUAUCUCUCUGAUAGGUCUCUUUUGUUUUUUCAGCCUGAUGAUGCCUUGCUUCACUGAUAGUGACAGCUCUUUGGAUCUCAUCUUGACAGCUGACAGCAACAGAUUCCAAAUGCAAAUAGCACACUUGAAACGAACUCUGGACCUUUUAUCUGCUCAUUGUAACUGGGAUAAUGAGGGAAUAACACACACCUGGCCAUGGAACAGCUGAGAAGCCAAUUGUCCCAUUACUUUUGGUCCCUUAACAAGUGGGAGGCACAUAUGCAAACGGUUGUAAUUCCUACAACGUUCACCUGAUUUGGAUGUAAAUACCCUCAAAUAAAAGCUGACAGUCUGCAGUUAAAGCUCAUGUUGUUCGUUUCAUUUGAUAUCCAUUGUGGUGGUGAAUAGAGCCAAAAAUGUUAGCAUUGUGUCGACAUCCCAAUAUUUAUGGACCUGACUGUAUGUUGGAACUUACGUGUAAAACCUCUUUGUUAUUAUUUCAUCUUUUGUUUGUUUGCCUGAGCUCCCGUGUGCUGCGCCAGAACAAACUCCGACUCGACGCAGUUUCACCACCAGGUUUUGGUUUCUGAGACGCGUCGUCUUUUCUCCUAUUAGCGUAAAACUGAAAUAGCUGCAGAUGCUCUAAUAUAUGUUAGCUUUACCUCAAGUCACUAUUAAAGAGAAUGAUAAAGGCAGAUUGAAAGGUUUGUCCUAUGCAAUAUUUUUGUUUCAUCAUCAGUGAUUAAAGUGGGGUUAAAUAUUUAGAUAAUGUUUUCUUAGCAUUUAAAUAAGCUGCAAUGUUUCUUCUGGCAGUUUAUUUUGAACAGAAUUCAUUAACUUUGGGGGGAAUUGAUUUAACACCCUGAAAAUUUUCCCUCCAACGUCCAAAAGUUAAUUAAAAAAGCCAGUGUGUUUGUAGUGACACCCGGUGGCACAAGUGAGAAACUGUAACAAAUUGGUUCGAUAUAAUAGCCAUGAUUAAAAAUUGUUCUUUUAUUAUUAUUAUUAUUAUUAAUCUCUGCCAAACAUAUAAACUUUAGACACUGGAAUUUUAAUUUUCAAGGUGAUUUUGGAUUAUGUUUUUGUUUUUGUUUGGGCAGUACAAGAUCAGUUGCACAUGUUUCAAGUGUUUGCAUAGUUAGUUCUGCAGAUUUCUUGCACAUUUUAGAUUCUUUUCCAAGACGACGUGUCAACUGUCUAAAAUUUAAUCGACUAGUUGUUUUCCAUGUGAAGCUGAGUAUAAUUCUGUAUCAACUAGUGCCGUCAACAUGAAUCUGUGAUUAAUUAUAAGAGUAACUGGGAGUAUGGCUCCGCUGGUAGCCCUAUUUUCAUACGGCGCUUAAUUAAAAGAUCGGAUCGCUUGAAAAAUGCAUAUCUUUCUAUAAAUGUGCUGUUGAGCGUUUAACUGCAACCGCUUUACGAGCAUUUUUUUGUGAUUUUAUCACAAACGUGUUAAAGAACAUGCGCAUUAACUCGCUGUGUGAAGGAGAGCGAGUAGACGGCUGUUCUCUGAAGUCUGUUUCAGGCUCUGAUAUUGAGUUUAAUAGUCGUUUAAUCAAAGCUAAAUUAUGUUGAAGGAGAAUCGGAGGACUAAAAGUUAUACUGUGUUUUUUUUGUUUUGUUUUUCCCUGAUGAGUUUCUUUGUAUGAUAAUUUUGUCCAUAUUUAAUGUACCUGUUGAAUGUACUUUUUAUAAGCAGCAUAAUCUAAGUCCGAGAUGCAAGAAUUCCAAGUGAUUUUUGUGAUUUAGUUUGAAAGGCUUUACUUGAAUUGUGUUUUAUGUUUCGAGUGAUUUAGGAUUUAUCUUUUUUGUGGUAAAACUGAAUCUGUUGUCUGAAGCAUUUUUUGGGUUUGUUUGUGUUAAAGUGGAUGAGUGAUGCUAGGACACAAGUCUUCCUGACUGAUGUGCGCUGGCUUCCUUUUACCUUCAGCUUCAGUUGCUUUCACAGUUUGCUUUGAAACCCGGCAGCUUUGUGUUUUUCUCGAGGAAGUGGAGGAACGUCUGACCGGGUGCUUGUGAGUUAGGAACAUAUUUUACAGAAGAUGUGAUUGUAGCAUGCCACGUUAUUGCCAAACUGUCCCCGUGUCAUCUUUUGCCUGCGUCUUUCUGGUUCCUGUCCAUCUUUUGUUUUCAACCUUUGAUAGAAUUGCCUCUUGUUAACUGCAGAUUGCCUUAGCAUUGUCCAGUUUUACGCGUUAUUGCUUCCCAUAUAUUCAAAACGAAGUAAACUGAAGGGGUUUAAACAGUAACAAGUCUUCUGGUGUACAUUUAGAUGAGUGAGUUUUUAAUGAGCAGCUGCUUGGACUCCACCAGUAGGACCGGUGGAGUCCCGUCUCUUUUAAGUUGCACCAUGUUGAAUUAAACAAACCUCCAUUAUAAUUCUGCCAUGUCACACACCUUUGUAAUCUUCCCGUCAUGUUAGCAGUGCUUACACGCAAGUAUGAAGCCAACUCUGUGCCUUCUGCACUGUCGAGCUGCAUCCUCCUUCCUGUACAUAUACUAGAUAGGUUUUAUUGUGGCUAAAGCGUCAUUCAAACCCCUUUUCUCUUCAGUGGGACUGCUGUAAAUGAACCGAAAUAAAUCGUUUGAAAAGUUCAA